GGUGAGGGUGCAUAUGCUGCCAUAGCCGGUUAGCCCCAUUUCAGAAACUAAACUCCAGUUAGCUACUCACAACUCUCAUCAAUCACCUUCUACUCAAACCAAUUUUUUUUUAAAUCCCUUCUGAUCAAGCUAUCUCGAUUAUCCAUAUAAUAACACCAUACUCUUAAUUUUCCUCGAACAACAUACAUACAUAUAGCUACUCCUACUAUAGCAGCAGCUAUCCAUAAUUAAUUAGAGGUGCGGUUUUAAAGAAGAAACAAGAAAGGAUAUGAUGAUGAUGAUGAUGAGUGUUAAUAACUCGGUGUCAUGUGGAUGCAAGCCCCUACUCAUGACCAUGGAGUCCCUCUUCCACCACCGCAUCACCACGAAGGAGAAGGUUGUGGUGGUCAUUGGCGCCACCGGCACCGGCAAGUCCAAGCUAGCCAUUGACAUAGCCACUCACUUCAAACCGGCGGAGAUUGUCAACUCCGACAAAAUUCAAGUGUUCAAAGGCCUCGACAUCACCACUAACAAGGUGACAGAGGAAGAGUCUCGUGGGGUCCCACACCACCUUCUUGGUUUCGUGGACGAUGACGACUUCACAGCCACACAAUUCUCUCAUCCUUCAUUGACCACUUGGUCAACCACCAUGACCACUUUCGUUUAAGGUACGACUGCUGCUUCCUCUGGGUCGACGUUUCUCUUCCCGUCCUCCAUUCCUCUUUGGAACGCCGCGUUGACAAAAUGAUUCAGGCCGGUCAAGUCAACGAAGUUCGCGAUUUCUUUGACCCUUCCGGAGACUACUCCAGAGGGAUUCGGAGGGCCAUUGGAGUCCCUGAGUUUCACCAAUUUCUUAAAGCCGAGUCCAUGGAAGCAGACCAGGAAACCAAGAACAGGCUUCUAGAAGACGCCAUUGCCACCAUCAAGCUCAACAACUGCAAGCUCGCCAACCGCCAGCUACACAAGAUUCAGCGCCUCCACGCCGUGUGGAAGAGAAGCAUGCACCGCCUCGACGCCACUCAGGCUUUUCUUAACACACAAGAAGCCGCUUGGGAGGAUCACGUCGUGGCUAAAGCUAGAAGGAUCGUGCAGAGGUUCUUGUACGACGAAACUCAUCAACAUGUUGUUCCGCCGCUUGUGUCCUCUCCAGCUUCGCCGCCAGCAGCCGCCAUGGCCGCGGUAACACAUUAGAACUAGCUAGGGACACACAAUUAAUAUCAAUCUACUAGUAUAGAAAAAAUGUCACCACUACUGACAUACCAUUUUUUUUCUUUUCUUUUUCCGGUGUCCCUUUUUUAGGUCAUGUCAUUGGUAGUAAAAGCCAUAUACUUACUAUA